AUGAGUUCAUUCAAACUUUCAUCUAGUGCAAAUUUUGGAGGAAAUCCAAGACCAUCUAUUACAAUUGGUAAUAGAAGGAUUACAGAAUCAACAUCACCACCAACAAUAAAUGAUUUUCCUCCUUCAUCACCUCCUCCUCCACUCCCUCCAAAAACAUAUAAACAAGAAGAUGAAGAUGAAGAUGAAGAAGAUGAGGAGGAAGAAGAGGAAGAGGAGGAAGAGGAAGAAGAAGAAGAAGAGGAGGAAGAUGAUGAUAUUAACGAAGAAGAACAAAUCAAUAAUGAUAUUAAAAUUAGAAAUAAAAUUAAUAAUAGGUCAACAUUGACAAUCGCAAAAGAAAAUAUUGUAUAUAUUCAACAUCCACCACCUCCUUCAACCUUAAAUUCACAAUUAAAUGAUGAUUAUGAAGAAGAAGAAGAAGAAGAAGAAGAUGAUGAUGAUGAUAAUGAUGAAGAAGGUGAAGAUAUUGAUGAAGACGAUAAUGAAAAUAAGGAUAAAAAUAACGAUGUAGAUAGUGAUAUAUCCAAUAAAUUACACUUAAAUUCACCACCACUCUCACCAUCCCAAACAAUUUAUUCGGAUAGUGAAAGUGAAAAUGAAAAUGAAACAAAUAAAAAAAUAGAUAAUAAUAAUAGUAAUAAUAAUUAUAAUAAUAAUAAUAAUAAUAAUAAUAAUAAUAAUAAUGUAUAUACAACAUAUGAAGAUGAGGGUAUUAAACCAACAGUUUCAAUUUUUGGAUCAAGUAAAGUUAUGUCAUCAUAUCCACCAUCUGAUAGUUCAAAUUUAUUAAAAGUUUUUAAUAAUAAAAUGGGAAGUACUGAUCGUUUAACAUCAGAUUUACAAACUGAUAGUAAUAGUAGUAAUAAUGGUGGCUCAAAUUUAUUUGAAUUUGAAAUGGAUAGUAAUAAUAAUAAUAAUAAUAAUAAUAAUAAUAAUAAUAAUAAUAAUAAUAAUAAUAAUAAUAAUAAUAAUAAUAAUGUAUUUUUAAAUGGUGGUAAUAAUAAUAAUAAUAAUAAUAAUAAUAAUAAUAAUAAUAAUAAUAAUAAUAAUAAUAAUGAUAUAAAUAAUGGUGGAGAUGAAGUAAGUAAUGAAUUUUCAACAUUUGAAGAUAUGAGCGAUUUACACUUUAGCAAUGGUAGUAGUGGUAAUAUUAAUUUUGGAGGUAGUUUUUCAAUGGAUGGAAAUACUAGAGCAAGUAUGAGUGGUAGUGGUGGUCUAAAAUCUUCUCAAAAAUUCGAUUUUAAAGUUAAAUAUCAUGAAUUAUAUAGGGUUAUGUCAAUUUAUCAAUUAAAAGAUAAAAUCGUAGUUAAACCAGCAAAUUCAGUUAAUACAUCUACAAACUCAAAUAUUGAAUCAUUGGUAAUUGAUAGAUCAACAUUUAAAAUAACAUCACAAUAUUAUUCAACCGAAUAUUUAAUAAAUAAUAGUAGUGAUUUUAAAAAGAAGAGUAGUGGUCAUCAUCAUCAUCAUCAUAGUAGUAAUGGUGAAGUAUCAUUAAAUAGUAGUGUAGAUUUUAGUAUAAGAAGUAAUAGUAGUAGCAAUAUUAAUAGUUUUAAUCAUAAAGAAUUGAAUAAUGGUUUAAAUAAUAGUAAAGAAGGUAGUGGUAGUGGUAGUGGUAGUGGUAGUGGUAGUGGUAGUGGUAGUGGUAGUGGUAGUGGUAGUGGUAGUGGUAGUGGUAGUGGUAGUAGUAGUAGUAGUUUACAUCAACAAUCUAUUUUAGCGUAUGGUAUAGUUGGUAUUAUUAAUUUAUUAUCAGGACCAUAUUUAAUAGUUAUAACUGGCAAACAAUUAAUUGGUAGUUUUGGUGGAAAAUAUAUUUAUCGUAUUGAAAAUUGUAAUUUAAUCCUCAUUAGUAAUAAUCCAACCGAUUUAUCUGAACAUGAUCGUAAAAUGGAAUCAACCUAUAAAAAAUCUUUAAAGAAUUUAUUAAAAUCAAACUUUUAUUAUUGUUUUGAUUAUAAUAUUUCUGAUAAUAUUGAAAAUCAUUUUAAAAAUCAUCAUAAUAAACAAACAAACAACAACACAAAUGUAAAUGAAGAAAACACAACAACAACGACAACAACAACAACAACAACAACAACAACAACAUUAACAGAAUCACAAGAAACAAUUUAUCAUCUUUUUGAAGUAUUCAAUAGUAGAUUUUAUUGGAAUAAACAUUUACAAACUAAUUUAAUUCAAGGUGGUUUUUAUAAUUGGGUAUUACCAUUGAUUAGAGGUUAUGUUGAAAUUAUAAACUUUUUUAUUGAAAGAAAUGAUAUUGAAUUUUUAUUAAUAUCAAGAAGGAGUAAAUUUAGAGCGGGUACAAGAUAUAAUACAAGAGGAUCAGAUCAUAAUGGAAAUGUUGCAAAUUAUGUAGAGACAGAACAAAUUAUAUCACAUCAAGAUCCAACUAGUGGAAAGAAGACAACAUUUUCAUUUGUACAAACUAGAGGUAGUAUACCAUUGAUAUGGGAACAAACUGGUAGAAAGAUUAAACCAGAGAUAAAGAUUACCCAAGAUAAUCAAUUGAAUUCAAAUUCAUUUCGUGCUCAUUUCGAUGAACAAAUUAAAUUGUAUGGACCAGGACCACAAGUGCUAGUGACAUUAUUAGAUCAAAAAGGAUCAGAAGCAGAAUUGGGUGAAGCGUAUAGAAUGAUGGCAGUUACAAGCGGUUAUCGAGAGAUUGAUUUCGUUCCAUUCGAUUUCCACCAUUUUUGUCAAGGUAAUAGAUUUGAUCGUGUUGAUAUUUUGAUCGAUCAAUUGGAGGAGAAUAUUCAUCAACAUAUUGGAUAUACAGAGAGAAAUUCAGAACAAGGCUACACUCAACAUCAACAUGGUUUAACUCGUACCAAUUGUUUGGAUUGUUUAGAUCGUACCAAUUUGGUACAAUCAAUGAUUGGUGUAUCAGUAUUGGAGAGACAAUUGAAACGAUUGGGUUUCGAGUGGAGAAUUAAAGAUCAAUCAUUGCCUGGAACUCGAUCGAUUAAAUUGGCAUGGGCAAAUAAUGGUGAUGCAAUUUCAUUCCAAUAUGCUGGUACUCAAGCUUUGAAGGGUGAUUACACUCGUACUGGUAAAAGAAAUACAAAAGGUGUUUUCCGAGAUGGUGUAAACUCGUUGACUCGUUAUUACAUCAACAAUUUCUUGGAUAAAAUUAGACAAGUUUCAAUUGACCUUUUCUUGGGUUUGACCACUGUUGACACCUAUAAAAGUGCUCAAAACUUUCGUUCCAUUCAAAAUGAAUAUGAUUGGGGUGAAUCUCGUAUGGAUGCCAUAAACAAUUGUGUAGAUCAUUUCUUACGUUCAAAAGAGUCAUCAACACUUGGUGAAGGUUUCAUUAAUGCUUGGAUCGUUAUUUCAAUCAAUAAACGUAAUCAAGAACAAGAACGUAUCUUACUCUUAACACCUUCUCAUUUAGUUAGAUGUAAAUAUAAUUUUAAUGAGAAUAAAAUCGUUCAUUUUAAACAGUUUAAUCUUACAUCAAUAAAAAGAAUUCAAAUGGGUGUAAUUGAUAAUAAUGGUAAGAAAAUGAAUUCUUAUGCAAUUAAAAUUUUUCAUAAAUCAAGUGGUAGUAGUAGUAGUGGUAGUGGUAGUGGCAGCAGUAAUAGUGGUAGUGGUAGUAUAAGUCCAAAUAGUAGAUCAAAUAGUAGUGCUAUUAAUUCAAGACCAAUUAAAUCAUCAUCAUCUUCAAAUAGUUCAUUAGGUGAUUCUUUAGAUUUAUCAACUUCACCAAAUGAUUCAAAUUUUACAACAACAACAACAACAACAACAACAACAACAACAACAACAACAACAACAACAACAACUUCAUCAUCAUCAUCAACAACAUCAAAUUCUACAACAAUUGAUGAUAGUAUAAUUGCUGAUUGUACAUUUAAUCAAUAUAUAAUACCAAUACCAGAAGGUGAAUCAAUUGAAUUUGGUAAAGAUUUAGGUAGAGAAAUUUCAGAAUCAAUUCGUGAUUGUUUUGUUAGUUUAAUGGGAUACUCAAAUAUUAAUCAAUUAUCAUUUGGUCCAACUUUUUUAGUUGAACAAGAUUUUAAGAGAAAGAAUUCAAGUAUUGUUAGCGCAGCUUAUAAUGGCUUAAAAUUAGGUUUUUAUUCUAAAUCACCAACUGUUCAAUCAAGUAAAUUAAAAUCUUCCAAAAAUAAUAUUACAAGUGUAAAUAUUAGUGGAUCACCAAAUGUUUAUUAUCAUCAUUCACCUUCAAUGCAAAAAUCUUCAAUUGGUUCCAACACUUUACCACCAAAUAGUAUUAUUACAAAUAAUAAUAAUAUAAAAAAUAAUGAAAAAGAUGAUAAAAUGAGAAGUCAAAGUUUUGAUUAUUCAAUGUCUUGA